UACAGCUCCGGGUGGGUAGCCAGCGGCAGAGCUCGGCGGUGCGGGCGGCUUCACUGCAGCGUUUGCCGGCCGGGUGUCUCGCCGCAGCCUCGGGAGAGGAGACAGACCUCUCCUCCCUCUGUCGGAGACAUGUCUGCACCAGCUCAGCCACCCACCGAAGGGGCAGAAGGGGCUGCCCCAGGUGGGGGUCCCCCUGGCCCUCCUCCUAAUACGACCAGUAACAGACGACUACAGCAGACCCAAGCACAAGUAGAGGAGGUGGUGGACAUCAUACGUGUAAAUGUGGACAAGGUCCUGGAGAGGGACCAGAAGCUGUCAGAGCUGGAUGACCGAGCCGACGCUUUGCAGGCGGGAGCAUCACAAUUUGAGAGCAGUGCUGCCAAGCUAAAGAGGAAGUAUUGGUGGAAAAACUGCAAGAUGAUGAUCAUGCUGGGAGCUAUCUGUGCCAUCAUCGUGGUAGUUAUUGUAAUCUACUUUUUUGCUUGAGAAUGUGCCACCCCAUGCCCUGUUCUCCAUCGCCAUCCAAACUCACGUCCCUCUCCCCGUUUCACCCCAGAACUUCCCCAUCCGUCUUCCUCCAUCCCAGCCUUGCUUUUCCAUCGGCCACUCCUCCUCUUCUGUUGCUUUCAUUCGCACUCUGUCCGGCGACACUAGAAAUGCUGCUCGUGGUGCAGUCUUGAAGUAACUACCUGAAGAACAACAGCUGGCAUCUCCUUCCUACCCUCUCAUGUUCUCUCAAGUUCCCCCAAAGCCAAAAAGAGUUGGAGACCAAGGGAUGGGGAAGGGGCGUAGCUGAGGUGAUGUGCUCAAGAAGGGGCCAAGACUGGGGGGAGGGGUCACGACACUCUUCUCGUGUCCAUGGUGUUGCCAGGAAAGGCCAGGCUGCUGGCCGGAGGAGGCUGGGAACAGCUGGGAGGAUGCCCCCUCACCUGGAGCUCUUCUCCCAUGCCAGGCCUGCACAGGAGCCUGGGCCAGGCCCAAAGUCCAGCUUGGUCCUGGUGCAGGACCCUCUUAGAAAGUCAAACCUAUCUUUCAGUUAUUUCCCAUCUGUUAGUCCAACAUUUUCUAUGUCUUCAGGGAUCUUACAACCUUUUACUUUGUCCUCCAGAGACCUGGAGAACACAUAUUAAUAGCAAAAAUACCAGGACUCUCGUUCCAAUCCUAGAAGCAGUCCCACAAGCUCAUACCUGGAAGGGGCUCUUGUUCAUGUUUUCUACAGCAUUCUGUAUUGUUCAUGAGGGCAU